AUGGAAUUACGCGAUAACCUCAUCACAUCAAAGCAUGAUAUUGCCUACUUGACAGACCUUUACAAAUUGUUUAAUGAUGUUAAUCUCCAACUUCAAGGCGACGACUUAAACUUGAUUAAAACAAAAAAUGUUGCUGCUGCUUUCGUGGCCAAACUGCAACUUUACAAAAGAAAUAUGGGCAGACAUAAAUUUAAUAAUUUUCCUAGUUUAUCAGCAAUAUUUUUCAACAUCAACAAUGAUGACUUGCUUGUUUACGGUCAACACUUGGAGAAUAUUCACGCUGUUUUCAAAGAACGAGUCCAGGACAUUUUGAGCAUGGACAUACCAGACUGUGUGUUAGAUCCUUUGUCAAAUGUCGACACAGUAAGAUAA